AUGUUCUCUGCGUGCUUUGGAACUGGCCGUCGCCGGUGGUCAGAAGAACAAGAGCAGGAGCCGCUGCUCCCCCAGUAUGAUGAUGCUACUUCGCGCCAGCGACGCCUUCACCAGAAGCUGCACACAUACCAGAUGCUCCGCGCCUUGUCCAAGGGAUUCAUGCCAUCUAACGAUCAGACCAUCAUCAGCCUCCGUACUCUACUUGCUGCUGACAUGCUCAGCCCAAACAGCAACACCCAGCUCAGCGACUCCGGACGGGCCCUGGUGCACUACGUCAAGCAAUGGUUGAAGCAGUUGAUCGAGCUCCUGCAGCACAAAAAUGCAGGCGACCAGAUUCAGGACUUCCUCUGGUAUUUGUCACAGGCAAGAGUGUCUAUUGACAUGGAGCACAUCGCCCAGCGCGCUAGCAAGGCUAAAGCUACUGCUGACCGGGCGGCAGUGUACCGCAGCCUUCAGACUGUUGGCUCCCUGCUCCUUACCAACUCGGAUUUCCGCUUGUUCCUCAGCGACCUCGAUGUUGUCGCUCGCGACGUCUUUAAAGACACAGCGUUCGCCAUUUCCGAAGCCUCGCAAGAGGCUGGCAAGCGCCUUGGGCCCUCUAGCGCAGAACAAGAUUCGGUAAAACAGCUAAUCAACAACUCCCGGAGCCCGCCGUCGCAACAAGAACUGGUUAACCAGACUGCCGAAUUUUCCGAUGUUCUGAGUGGAACAGCCUCUGCGGUUGCCGACGAGGCCGAGAACAGUGUGCUCCAAAGGUUAGAAGGCCCAGAGAAGGGCGCAAUGGUCCGCCGCCUAAAGGAUACUGUGAUGAAUCUUCGUCAACGCCGUGACUACUCGAAUUCGGUCACCACGCUGUCGCUUCUCUUCAAGCGCUAUGCGGUGGCUUACUCACGCAUUGCUCGUGACGCAGUUCAGGCCGUUGACGAGGAUGUAGAUCAUAAUCGUGAGAUGGAUCAGGCUCUGCGGAACUUCUGGGCCUUCCUCAGGUCAUUUGGCGAGAAAAACCACUGGGAGGAGCUAGAGAAACGAACCAACGCAGUUAUGGAACAUGGACGCGAGGACCCCGAUUUUGAGGACUUCGUGGGACAAUUGGGAAACGCGCUCCAAGAUAUGUUUACCGACCCGUCCUUCUUCGACAAUGCCGAGCAGCGAUUCCAGGAGCUCCGCGCUCAUUUCAGACAGGUAUCGUCUCACUCUUCUCUGCGGGACGACGUAGACGAGUUGUUGUCGCAAUUGCAGUCAACCUUGUACUCGGUGCUUAGGGACAAGGAUGUGGCCAGCCUCAUCAAGACGUCAACCACCAUCGGCAGCAUCCUAUCGCCAAAAAACCACUACGCGAACUCGGACCUGUUGGCGGACGCAAUCAACGUGUUUGUCCCGUUACUAAUUCAGUCGAUCAAUUACGUCCCUAUCCCCAGGCUCGAAGUUUCCACACCCCAACUGGACCUCCUGCUCGAGAACCUCGUCCUCGAACCCGGCAGUACGAUCAACCAUACAUCAUUCUUUCCCUACAAGCUUCGCAUUGAGACGCUCAAUGAUGUCGAGAUCCGCAAGGCAAGGUUCCGGACAACGUCGGCCGUCAAGACAUUAAUGAGGGUCAGAGUAGACGGCUUCUCGGUCCGGGCGGAGGAGAUUGGUUUUUGGCUCCGAGCACAUUCAGGCCUCUUACGGCUAGCAGACCAAGGAGUUGCCUCGUUUGAACUUGACGAGAGGGGUCUUGAUGUCCAGCUCGACAUCGAAGUUGGCAGGGACAGGCUUGAAAAGAUCCUCACCCUCAGGGGCGUCAAGGUGCGUAUCCACAAGCUCAAUUGGAAGUUGCGGCGAAGCAAGUUCAGCUUGUUUGCGUGGAUUUUCAAGCCCUUCCUCAAGCCCAUCAUUCGCAAGACCAUGGAGAUGAAAAUCGCAGCUGCCAUCGGAGACGCCUUACAUUUCGCAAACCGCGAGCUCCUCUACGCGCGAGAAAGGCUCCGGGCCACACGAAUUGCGGAUCCGGAGGAUUUGAAAACCUUCUUCAAGGCUGUGCUGGCGAGGCUAGUCCCUGCUGAUGAUCCCGACCUCUACACCAGGAUCGGGGUGGCACAGCCAGGGCACGGCGUGUUUGAGGGUGUUUAUACUCCCGGUAGUCUCGUCAAGCUUUGGAGGGACGAGGCCGCUGAGGCGCCGCAAAGGAUCCGCGAGAAUGAGAGAGAUGGCUGGCGGAACAGUAUUUUCGACGUUCAGGCGAGGAUGCCCACUUGA